CAUUCCACUCUCUCGUAGUUACAGUUGAAUUCAAUUUCUUAUCCCUGCUUGUACGAAUGGCUUAUCAUCACUCAGGAAUAUUAGUUGCCCUGCUCCAAAUAUGGCUGGAAGUAGUUUUGAGCGUUGGUCACCCCACUUCCCAGUUCAUACAAUCACGGGCAGCUUAUUAUGGAACUCCAGAUGGCUUAGGAACCUCAAGUGGCGCUUGUGGAUAUGGUGACUAUGGUAGAGACGUCAUGGGUGGAAAUGUUGCCGCAGCAAGUCAAUCAUUAUACAGAAAUGGGGUUGGAUGUGGUGCUUGCUAUCAGGUGAGAUGCAAAAAUAAGUACCUCUGCGGAGACAGUGGAGUAACAGUAGUGGUCACAGAUCAUGAAGAAGGCAAUCGAACUGAUUUCAUUAUGAGUCCUCAUGCUUUCAAGACUAUGGCCAAGCAGGGUAAAGAUAAGCAACUGAAGGCUUUGGGUGUUGUUGACAUUGAGCACAAACGAGUGCCUUGCAACUAUUCAGUACACAAGAUGUACUUCAAGAUUAAUAAGAGCAGCAUUUACCCCUAUUAUCUAUCUAUGGUCAUGUUGUACCAAGCAGGCGAAAGAGAUUUAGUGGCUGUUGAACUUUCUCAGGGUGGAACUACUGAUUGGAAACCAAUGAGGAGGAGUUAUGGGGCUGUGUGGGACAUCGUAAUGUCACCUCCCAAGGGCGGCGAUAUUGGUGUUUGCCUCCAACUUUCAGGGGAAGAAUCGGUUUAUCCUGGAAUUGGUAUACCCUCUCAUUGGAAAGCUGGCGCUGUAUAUUGCCUUGGCGAUUGGUGAUCAUUAUAACAGCUGCUUAACUUGGUGGCGUCUAAAAUAAAUAAAUUCAAGAAGUAAGAUCGAAUGUAUUUAUCUCUUCUUGCACUUGCCUCCAAAAUAUGUCGCAUUACAUAUCCUAAAUAAAUAUUUGGAAUGCUGUAUUAAGAAGUGAU